AUGGUGGAUAUUGGUUAUUUUACGAAAUGGAUCGAAGUUAUACCCUUACCAAACGUAAAUCAGGAAGAUGUGAUUGAUUUUAUCCAGAAGUAUAUUAUUUAUAGAUUUGGAAUCCGAGAGACCGUCACAACAGAUCAAGGGUCAAUAUUCACUAGCCGAAAGAUGCAAGAAUUUGCUAAAGAAAUGGGUUUCAAACUCUUAGCUUUGACGCCAUAUUAUGCUCAAGCUAAUGGACAAGUCGAAGCUACUAAUAAAGUGAUCAUUGUAGAGAUUCACUUACAAUCCACAAGGACUCAAAGGCAUCAUGAAAUUCCAACAGAGUCAUAUUGGAGCAUGAUGCUGGAUGAGUUGGUUGAUCUAGAUGAAGAAAGGUUAAAUGCCUUGGAGUUAUUAAAACGGCAGAAGAAGAGAGUAGAGAACUCUUAUAACAAAAAGGUGAAAAUCAAAAGUUUUUCUCCUGAAGAUUUGGUUUGGAAGGUGAUCCUUCCAAUGGAUCGAAAGGAUAGGACCUUAGGGAAGUGGUCUCCAAAAUGGGAAGGUCCUUUUCAAAUUUUGCAAGUGUUUUCUAAUGGUGCCUACGAAAUUGAGGAGAUUAAUGAAGACAAAAGGAUCUUGAGAGUAAAUGGGAAAUAUUUUAAAAAGUAUAGACCAGUGCUCCAAGAGAUAAAAAUAAGAGACGAAUAG